AUGGACUCUUUGACCCGCCAAGAGACAUUGACCAUCCUAGCUUCCAUGGGCGUCCAGCUGCCCCCCGCUACGAGAAUGCCGGAUGCCGCUCUGCAGAAGCGGCUCAAACAAGCACUGAACUGCGCGCAAUAUGCGUCGAAGGUGCUUGGACAUCCUCCACUCGAACCGACUUCGCUGCCUGCAUGGUCGCGCCCUGCUUUAGAGGGCGUGAGGAGGACCAACUUCCUCGAAACAUACCAAACCUCUCAGGGCAUGGGGAUGGAGUUAUACACCAACCCGAUGCUUGAUGCACGACAGACCCUUAUGGCGGUCGCAGAGGGGUGGGACAAAGGACAUAGGUGGCUGUUGGUGCAGGACCACGCGAAACAGUGUGCCAUCUCAAUCAGGUUGCUGUCCGUGCUGCGACUAGACGAAGACACGCCCGCGAUCAUCUUGUUAUACCAGUCGCACACGCGAGCGACAGCCCUGAAGGGCGUAGCAUGGGUCCGCCAGAUGCAAGAGAACUACGCCUGCCCUGGUCCUGCCGUCAACAUCAAUGCGACGCCGCUCGAGCAGAAGCUCUUGCUCAAGCUUCUGUCCAUCAACGAGAAACUUCUUCCGUCCACAUACACGCCGCAGAGAGUGUCUACGGAGCAGAAUUUCCAUGUCUCCUUCCUCUUACCCCUCGGUCCGCUCGGCUACGGGGACAUAGCAAAGCUUAACAACGACCCCGGAUGUGCUCUGUGCGGGCGCAAGACAGCGAGUCGCUGUGCGCAAUGCCUAUCAGCAUCGUACUGUGGAUCAGAUUGCCAGAAGGCGGAUUGGCCUGAUCACAAGCAUGCCUGUCGAUCCCUCAAGGGCGGGACUUGGCGCACUCUGCCCUUCGUGACCGUGUUGCCCGGCAUGAAAAGCAUGUAUGUGAGCGGCAUCAACAAGUUCUCCCAGGCAGGCGACAUGCGCCCUGGUGGCCUGCCCGACCCCAACGCCAUUCCGCCGAACAUACACGGUGACCGCCUCUUCCUCGUGAAGGUCCAGAUAGAGGCAAACAGGCAAGAUCAUCUCGUUCUUUACGACAGACAGCGCUCCAUCAUGGUGUACUUGGUGGAAGGCAAGGAUCCGGAGUUGCUCGACGAGAUGAAGACGGAGAUGCGUGGCCCGCGGGGAGGCUAUGGCGGUGCAAAGAUGUAUCGAUGGGCGAAGCGCACCAACGACUGGGAGUUGCGUAUCUGUGUGGACAAGGAGCCGCAGACGGAGAUCAAGUGGUGA